AUUCGUUUCCAGAGCUCCUACCGGUCCAUCUUCCUCUCGCCUUCCAGCCCUCCGAGCCAAGUAAGCCUCUUCCUUUUCCUCAGCUUUUUCCUUUCGUUCUUCACUUUUGUUUCCGGUCAAUGUCUUCUUCCGAUAGUCAAGACAUUUCCGCCUCAGAUGCCCACGCGUCUGAGGAACCCCUGUCCUCUUCUUCGUCGACCGGGUCAUCUUCACCCAUUUCUAGAACCCGGUCGGUUCCCAACCCUAAUAUCCCCGAACCGCGGCCUGUAAAUCAGAUGCCCGGUCAAGUAUUUCAGGAGAGGGAUGUACCGGCUGAAGACGAGCCGGCUCCUUAUGAUCCUGAGAACGAGUCAUACGAGCAGUGGGUAGACUGGCUGGAAGUGGCCGGACGCAAUGGUCGUCAAUUCAUUUCCGACCUUCCACAAAGUAACCGGCAGUGGAAGGAAAAAUUUGUCUUUAUAAAGUUCCCCACCACUUCUCCCCUGGCCAGCAUAAAGUGGAAUGAUCACAUCCUGAAAUCUCAAUUCACCGAGCCGGCCACAGCUCCAGACUUGGAGGCGAGUUUGGAGAAACUUCUUCAGGGGGAUCCCUUCACCGGGCAGAUGUUCCACUAUGGGGCCUGGAUCUGGAGGAUCCAACCGGGUGGUAGGGGUACCUCUCGGGCCCAUGAGGCAGCGGGGCACGGGGUACCCUCCCCGGGCAACACUGCUGAGGUCGGGGGCCCAAGCCACCCAGAUAUGAAUUUCAGAGCGUUCAACAUGCCGAAGACAACCGGUGGUUCUUCUUCCUCGGCCCCCAAAACUGCCCCGUUCCAGGAGGAGACAAUCGAAGUUCAUUCCGAGGAUGAAGCCAAUCCGACUGGGGGGGUUCCCCAGACCGGAAAGGCACCGGCGAAUCCCUCCCCAAACAAGGGAAAAGGAAAAAAGAGGGUGAAGCACGCGGCCACCACCCAUCCAUCGGCCAAGAAAAGGAGAGGGGAACAUUCCCCGGUCAAAGAAUCGAUGGAAGAGCUAUGGGUCAAGAUGACUCUCAAGCUGAAAGAGAUGGGCCAGGUCUGCCCGGAAACUUUGGAGAAGCUCGCAGAGGACUCCCCCUCCCGGUCACUUCAGCUUGAGGAGAAACUGAAGGGAGUUGAAGCCCACAACCGGGAGCUGCAGGAUCUGAUAGCCCGGCAGCUUGAAGAGGUGUCCAACCUUUCUGCGAUUGCCGAGGGGGCCAAGGCAGAGACCCUCCGGCUGAAGGAGGAAAACUUGAAGUUGAUGGAGGACCUGGAGCUGAAGGAGCGAGAGUUCCCCGGCAGAGCCAAGCAGUGGGUGGGGGAGAACCUGGAGGAGACUGCCCGGGUGAUUACAUCCACUCCGGAGGUGACGAUAGAGGCCUUCAAGUUCCUCUACCGGGAGGAACAAGGGAAGGAGAUGAUCACCCAAAUCGGCUCGUAUGGUUUCAUGUCCGGGCAGAAGAGAGACCGGGAGGCCACGCAUGCAGUCCUGACGGAACGCGACCCGGCCUUCUCUGCUGAAGCAUAUGGUCAGGCCCCCAUUCCUGAUGAAGAGCCUGAACCCCCCUUCCCCCUGGAGUAAAUUCUCCCCGGCUGCGCCCGGUCAUAUUUUGUAAACUUGAAAACUAGAAUUUCCCCGGGGAUGCCCGGUGUGCUUGUAAACAAUUAACUUUCUUGUUCUGU